GCCGCCUUCUUUUUCCUCUCCUCCCGCUCCUCCUUCUUUGUUUUUGGUUUUAUCUGCAAGUUGGUAUCAUCCCUCCCCCCCUCCUUCACCCGCGGCCUCCUGCACAGGACCGGGUCCGAAGGCCUCGCCAGACCUGAAGGGUCAAUAAUACCCGCCUCCGCCUGCAGCUCGUGGACCCUGGUCGCCAAGCUGUCGCCGCUCAGCUGUUAAUACCUAGGCACUCCUCCAUGAGGGCCGUCCGUUCGCUACGAACUUGACUUGACGACCGCCCACAUUCGCUUGUCCGUUUGCUGCUUUUUAUUUCUCUGCCAUAUUUAUAAUACUCGGAACCCCACACACUCGCUUCCACCACCCACGACAUACCUGCCGAGGGACACAGCAGCUGCUUGUGCUCUGCCCUGCCAUUCGUUGAGAAAGAAGGCCAAGCUAGGGCCUGUGGUGUUGGGUUGCACGCCGCAAAGCGUGGGAAGCACGGGCUGUUGGAAACACGAACUUGGGGUUGCAACAUACCUGGUGGAACAGGGAAGGGGGGAAUACCCUGUCCAAGGACUGCCUCCCUGUGACAGUGCCCUGGGUGCUCUCACGGGAAGUCUUGUUCCCCAAUACGUAAUAAUAUCCACGGCCUCCUACUCCAUCCGCCAUGGGUAUCGGUAGCUACUUCAAGGCGGACGCCCCCGCGGCGGCCGCAGCAGGCCCAGCCCCUCCGGCUGCAGCCGGCAAGGGGCCGACGGCGCCGCCGCAGGCCCACCGUAAUGCCGGCCGCGGCUCGGCAUCCAACAGCAACGGGCUCGGCAUGUCAGAGAAAGGCCAGGCAGGGGGCAACGAUCUGGAGCUGCAGCCGCCCUCGACGCGCUUCAGCUCGCGGCCGCAGUCCAUUUCGGGCAAGUCGGUGCGGUCCAACGCCAGCUCCAUGUUCCUCGACGACAUCAAGCACGAGGUCAUGGUCAACUACCUGUACCAACAGCAGUGCUCGCACCUCUGGGUGUCAGACGGCAGCGGUGAGGUCGAGGGCGUCCUCCUGCGCAAGACCAGGGGCCAGUACAUGGCCUGCCCGCCCCAGCUGGGCAACUCACAGUUUGCCGUGGCGUGCUCGGCUCUCAACGUGCAGUGUGCCAUGACGGUCAACUCGCGUGUCAUCAAGACGUUCCUGCAAUGGUCGCCCGACGCCGUCGACGUGCCGCUCAUGAACGGCCUGCGCGUGCAGAUCCUGCCCACCAUUGAGGACCUGCCGCGGGCCAGGAAACACCAGUUCGCUGCCUUCGUGGCGUCCGAGGGCCUGCUCGUCGUGUGGGACGACGACGCGCUGCACUUGGUGCAGCGCGCCAAGGCCAUUGAGUCAGAGCUCAUGGAGCUCGUUUGGAAGGCCGGGACUGAGGGCGACGACGACGAGAAGGGGGGCGCCGACGCCAACGACUACGAGAUCGACGAGGAGAGCGGCGAGAUCAAGCCUGAGAAGCGGCCGGUGCACCUGCUCAACACGUGGCUGGUCUCCUUCACCCUCAUCCUCGUCACCGUCUCGCUCGGCGCCGCCUGGAGGCAGCUGGCCAUCGAGUGCUCCGUCGACGGCACCUAUGUGCGCCUGGCGCUCGUCGCGUUGGCGCCGCUCCAGAUCUUCUUCACCCUCUUCUUCGCCCAGGUCAUCAUCGGUUGUCUGGCCCAGAUCUUUGGGCCCAUCCGUCAGCUCACCAUCAACUCCAAGUUCUACUCGGCCCGCACCUCUCCGCGCCUGCAGACGGCCAUCCUGCCCCACGUCACCGUCCAGUGCCCCGUCUACAAGGAGGGUCUCGCCGGUGUCAUCGCGCCCACCGUCAAGAGUAUCAAGCAGGCCAUGUCGACCUACGAGCUCCAGGGCGGGUCCGCCAACAUGUUCAUCAACGACGACGGCCUGCAGCUCAUCUCGGAGGAGGACCGCCGAGCCCGCAUCGAGUUCUACGCCGACCACAGCAUCGGCUGGGUCGCGCGCCCGGGCCACAACGUCAACGGCUUCCUCCGCCGCGGCAAGUUCAAGAAGGCCUCCAACAUGAACUUUGCCCUCAUGAUCUCGUGCAAGGUCGAGGAGAAGCUCCUCGCGAUCGAGCGCGGCAACGACUGGACCCAGAACGACGAGGCGCAGGCCUACGAGCGCGCUCUCAAGGAGACGCUCGAGCAGGACGGGCGCGCGUGGGCCGACGGCAACAUCCGCAUGGGCGACUACAUCCUCAUCAUCGACUCGGACACGCGCGUGCCGGCCGACUGCCUGCUCGACGCCGUCAGCGAGAUGGAGCACAGCCCCGACGUCGGCAUCAUGCAGUUCUCGUCGGGCGUCAUGCAGGUCGUCCACACCUACUUCGAGAACGGCAUCACCUUCUUCACCAACCUCAUCUACAGCGCCAUCCGCUACACCGUCUCCAACGGCGACGUGGCGCCCUUUGUCGGGCACAACGCCAUCCUGCGCUGGUCGGCCAUCCAGCAGGUCUCGUACGAGGACGAGGACGGGUACGAAAAGUUCUGGUCCGAGUCGCACGUGUCCGAGGACUUUGACAUGUCGCUCCGCCUCCAGUGCGCCGGCUACAUCAUCCGCCUGGCCGCCUGGGCCGGCGAGGGCUUCAAGGAGGGCGUGUCGCUGACCGUGUACGACGAGCUCGCGCGCUGGGAGAAGUACGCCUACGGCUGCAACGAGCUGCUCUUCCACCCGAUCCGCAUGUGGCUCUGGAAGGGCCCCUUCACGCCCCUGUUCCGCCGCUUCCUCUUCAGCAACAUCCGCUUCACGUCCAAGAUCACGGUCGUGUCCUACAUCGGCACCUACUACGCCAUCGGCGCGGCCUGGAUCAUGACGGCCGUCAACUACUUCCUGAUGGGCUGGUACAACGGCUACCUGGACAAGUACUACGUCGACUCGUGGCAGGUCUGGUUCUCCAUCAUCAUCGUCUUCAACGGGCUCGGCAACCUGGCCCUGGCCGUGAUGCGGUACCGGCUCGGCGAGCGCUCGCUCCUGUACGCGCUCUUCGAGAACCUCAAGUGGACCUUCAUGCUCGCCAUCUUCCUCGGCGGCCUGUCGCUGCACGUGUCGCAGGCGCUGCUCGCGCACAUGUUCGAGGUGGACAUGACGUGGGGCGCCACCUCCAAGGAGGCCGAGUUCUCAAACUUCUUCAUUGAGGUGCCCAAGGUGCUCAAGAAGUUCAAGUUCUCGAUGCUCUUCGCCUCCGUCUUCAUCGCCGGCAUGAUCAUCCUCGCCGUCGCGCCCUUUGUGCCCUACGACUGGAAGAUCACCGACUUUGUCGCCAUCCUGCCCAUGGCCACCGUCGCCGCCUCGCACCUGCUACUGCCCCUGGCCCUGAACCCGGCCCUGAUGACCUUCUCGUGGUAAUCUCGGGGGUUGGGGUCCUGCUGGAUGAAUCUUUUUUUUCUUCUUUUCUUUCUCACUACCUGGGUUUCGUGUUUUAUAAAUCUAAGGAGGAUAGGCCUCCUUCUUUUCCAAACAAGAAGGGUUAAUCACAACAUCAUUUGCUUCAUCGGCUGAUACUGUCGCCUUUUCGGUCUCUACACACUCAUGUCUAAUUCUGACGACUCCAUGUUUGCCCGUAUUAUCUUUUUGACCUUUCCUUUUUCUUUCCUCUCCUUACACCCUCCUAAGCAAUCCCAUAUACCAAGAGUCGGGGACAUUCCUUUUUUGUUUUUGUGGAUAGCCUGAUAUACAGCAGGGGAUGAAGGAAAACGGCACAUCGGCGCUUGGUGGACAUAAACUAGACAGGCACAGUAACUUGACUUGCAACAUUUCAUCUGCGCUGUACCCUUGGAGCCGCCUCAUUACCACCGCCAAAACAUCUCCCGUAGUUGGAUUUUUUUUCUCUCCCGCAUGGUCUCUCAAUCCCCUGGGAAUGACAUGACGGACCUGCAACAGAAUCUACAUACCAUUCACCCGAGAACUGUAGGAUAUCUUUCCCGUUACAACAACUAGUAGUACUCUUGCCAAGUAACU